AUGGCUCCUUCUUACAACAACGAAACCAGAGCGAGCGAGCUGGUGCCCUUCUACGCUCCUCAUAUCGCCGGCAAGACAAUUCUCAUCACGGGAGUCUCCCCAGGUAGCAUCGGCGAUAGCUUUGUCAAGCAGGUCGCCGUAGCCAAGCCAGCAGCCUUCAUUCUAGCCGGCCGCUCACCUUCAAAGUUCCAGCCACUAGUGGACGAACUCGCUGCCACACACCCCGAUGUCAGAGUCAAAUCACUGACCCUGGACCUUACCUCCUUCGCCAACAUCCGCAAGGCAGCUGAGACGGUCAACUCAUGGACUGAAGUCCCUCACAUCGACCUCCUUGUCAACAACGCUGGUAUCAUGGCCACGUCCUAUAAGCUCACAGAAGACGGCUUUGAAAACCAGUUCCAGACUAACCACCUCGGCCAUUUCCUCUUCACCAACCUCGUCAUGCCCAAGAUCCUCGCCUCCCCCUCGCCGCGGAUCGUCAACGUCAGCAGCAACGCCCACAGGCUCGGCCACGUGCGCUGGACGGACUAUAACUUCAACGAGGGCAAGCACUACGAGAAGUGGGCGGCGUACGGGCAGUCCAAGACUGCCAACAGCCUGUUUUCCAUUGCUCUCGCCGAGAGAUUGGGCGAGUCUAAGGGUCUGUCGGCGUUCAGUCUCUGCCCGGGGUACGUCCCCACGAACCUCACCGCGCACGAGGCGCACGACUUCCCUGGUUUUCUAGAGGCCCUGCGUAAGGCUGACGUGCUGAUGGGGACCAAAUACAUGUGGGGGAUGGGGGAUAUCAAGCCCAAGGACAUGGACCAGGGCGCCGCGACGCACGUGUUCGCGGCGUUUGAUCCGCAGUUGAAAGAGAAAAAUGGAGAGUACCUGACUGACUGCCAUGUCGGAGACCCGUGGAAGGAAGAGGUGUACUCCUGGGCCAGGAGUAAGGUUGAUGCGGACAUGCUGUGGAUCUUGAGUGAGAAACUUGUUGGGCAGGAGUUCAGAUACUGA